UCAAUAUUAUUAGGAUGGGUUUAAUAGACGCUCUAUCGGGCAAGCUGUCCGACUCUAGUUUGCCAAAAUACAAGGACCAAAACUAUGAUAAGAUUAAGAAGCAGUGUUUGAAAGCAGGUGAAGGCUGGACUGACCCUGAGUUCGGACCAAACGACACUUCGCUAUGGGAAGGGAACCCCAAAAAGGAAAUUGAGUGGAAAAGAGUCCAUGAGAUCAGCCCGGAAGCAAUGUUGUUCGUGGGAGGUCACUGUGAAGAUGACGUGAAACAGGGCGGUAUUGGGAACUGCUGGUUCGUGGCCUCUGUCGCAUGCUUCGCUCUUCACGACGAACUCGUCAAAGAGGUGAUACCCCACCAAGAGAAACAGGAACUGAACUCUGAGGACCACGCUGGAAUCCUGCUCUUUAGAUUCUACCGGUUUGGAGAGUGGGUAGAGGUGGUUGUGGACGACUACCUACCAACUAAGAACGGAAGACUCGCCUUCAUGCACAGUGCGGACCCUAACGAGUUCUGGUGUGCUUUCCUGGAGAAGGCUUAUGCUAAGUUGGCAGGAAGUUACGAAGCUCUAGAUUCAGGGUCCUCAGCUGAUGCUCUGUCCGAUCUUACUGGCGGAGUUAGUCAGUACGUAGACUUCAAAAAAGCUAAUAUCCAUGACGACGAGGAAGCUCGAGCUGAACUGUUCAAAGAUCUCCACAAAGCCCUGUCCCGAGAUUCUCUGGUCAAUGCUAGUAUGGUGAUACAGGCUGGAGAGGGGAGUGAAUCUAAGAGGGAUAAUGGUCUUAUUGUAGGACACGCUUACACUAUUAUUAGAUGUUACGAGUUAUCGUUAGGGUUCCUUGGUAUGGAUGGCAAACACAAACUGGUGAAGAUCAGGAACCCCUGGGGAGACACUGAAUGGAAGGGCAAAUGGAGCGACGAUGAUCCAAAAUGGGGUGAGAUAUCAGACUCGCAAAAGAAAGAGCUGGACUUCUCAAAUGAGGAUGAUGGAGAGUUCUGGAUGGAGUACAAUGAUGUGGUCGCUAACUUUGAUAAUGUGACCCUCUGUAGAAUAAUAAACACUGAUGUCAGUCUUUUAAGGAAGAAGUGGCACAUGAAGGAGAUACGAGGAGCGUGGGUAGCAGGAGAGACUGCAGGAGGGUGCGCCAACAACCCCCAAUCCUACUUCACCAACCCUCAAGUGCAGUUCGUGAUCCUGGAGGAGGACGAUGAGACUGUACAGAUUGUUCUGGAACAGAGGGAUCUGAGGAUUGAGGACAGGGAGAACCUCACUAUUGGAUACAGAAUCUUUAAGGUACCAGACGGGAACACAGGAAAACUUGCAUCUAAGAGAGGAAGUAGUACUGCAGGGAAAACAAAAUACACAAACACCCGACAGAUCUAUGGUAAGUUCAAGUUAGAAAUUGGAACGUACGUGGUGAUACCCUCAACCUUCGAACAGGAUGUGGAAGGAGACUUCCUUAUCAAGAUAUUCACUGAGGAUGAAGCUAACGUUGUGGAGCUGGAGUAAAGAAAAGAAACAUUGUGGAACGGAGGGAAUCAGUGAAACUCAAAGGACUGAUUUUGUAUUAUAUAGGCAGCAUACAUCUAAAUGAAAUCUACUAGUGUGAUGAACUGAUAGUUCUAAACCAAUUUUAUUAUUCAGAUGCUAUUAAAGAGAACCCGUUAUAUUAUGCGUUUUUAAUAAACAAAUUCUUAAUCUUGGAUAGAAAUUUUGGAAGUUGUAACAUUUGUUUUAGAUUUUAAAUAAUUUUGACUGAGUACAUAAUAUGUUAGAUGUCUUUUUAUUUCACGUUUUUAUCCUCUAUUAUUGCUUGUCAGCACAAUGGAGAGCAAUCAACUAUUUUAUAUAAACCUAACACUUAACCAAGCUCUGUGAUCAGGAAAUGAUCCUUGAAAUUAACUUCGAUCUUUUAUGUUUCAUAGAUUAUACAUAAAUCAUUUUCAGCAUCCAUUUGCAUCAAAGCGAGCAUGAAAUGUUUGAACUAAAUAGACCCGCCUUUCAAUAAAAUUCAUUUAAAAAAGAUUGUAAGAAUUGCGAAAAUGUUUCAAGCAAAAGGUUUAUUUAUGAAGACUUUCUAAUGUCCAGUUAAGGAGUAAAACUAUUUUCCAGCUGCUUGAUUUGAAGUUAUUAGAGUUUGUACUUGAAGCCAUGCUGGCACAGCAUGAAUUAUAUUGUAAAUGAGGUUUUGCAGAAUGUUCUAUGUACACAUUUUUAUUUCCAUCAUCUAAGCAAAAAUAGUUUUAAAU